AUGACACGAGGAGGCUAUAUCGCUCUAGGGCUCGAAGGAUCAGCUAACAAGCUCGGGGUAGGAAUCAUCCGCCAUCCAGAAGGGUCACCGGUGGCCCAUCAUACAGGGGCAGAGAUCCUCGCCAAUAUCAGGGAUACCUAUAUCACUCCUCCAGGAGAAGGUUUCCUUCCAAGAGAUACGGCACGUCAUCAUAGGAACUGGAUCGUCAGACUCAUUCGGCGGUCGUUGGAGCAGGCAGGGUUAGCUUCAAUCGACGAUAUCGACGUGAUUUGCUUCACCAAGGGCCCUGGGAUGGGGGCUCCAUUACAAUCGGUAGUAGUGAUCGCGAGAACUUUGUCACUUAUGUACAACAAACCGCUAGUUGGGGUCAACCAUUGUAUUGGGCAUAUUGAGAUGGGAAGAGAGAUCACCGGAGCUAUUAAUCCGGUGGUACUCUACGUGAGUGGAGGCAAUACUCAGGUGAUUGCUUAUUCGAAGCAAAAGUACCGCAUCUUUGGCGAAACUUUGGAUAUUGCCAUCGGGAAUUGCUUGGACAGGUUUGCUAGGAUCUUGAAGAUUCCUAAUAACCCUAGUCCCGGGUAUAAUAUCGAGCUAUUGGCGCGCAAAGGGUUGACGAAACCUGAGAAUUUCAUUCAGUUGCCGUACACCGUCAAAGGGAUGGAUAUCAGUCUUAGUGGGAUUUUGGAACACAUUGAGAACCUUGCAAAGAAUAACGAUGGUGGGAAAUACGCUCCCCAAGACUUUUGCUUCUCUUUGCAAGAAUGUCUUUUUGCAAUGUUGGUGGAAAUCACUGAGCGGGCGGUGGCCCACGUCAAUUCGAACCAGGUGUUGAUUGUUGGCGGGGUAGGAUGUAAUUUAAGAUUGCAAGAGAUGAUGAAAAUCAUGGUCAGUGAUCGUGAUGGCUCAAUCCACGCUACUGACGAACGGUUCUGUAUCGACAAUGGUAUCAUGAUUGCCCAUGCUGGGUUGUUGAGUUACAGAAUGGGAGACCACGUCAAAGAUUUGAGAGAAGCAGUGUGCUCCCAGCGAUUUAGAACCGAUAGUGUGUGGAUUGAUUGGAGAGACGAUUAG